AUGAGUGAAGAGCAGCAGACGGAGACUAAGGUACCUACUGACCACAUCCAAGUCAAAGUACGUUCGGUGGAUGGCAAUGAGGUGUAUUUCCGUAUCAGGAAGACCACAAAGAUGGAGAAGUUAAUGACAACAUAUUGUGCUAGACUCGGCCAGUCUUUGGACGCGGUCCGUUUCCUAUAUGAUGGGGAGCGCAUCCGGGGGGAUCACACAGCGGAAGACUUGGGCAUGGAGGAUGACGACCUUAUUGACGCCAUGGUACAACAGGUGGGUGGCAGUGCUUGA